CCCUAGGCGUGACAGUCGACUACUACAAUCGUCAGGGUGAAGCGCUGCCAUCACUCCAGCAGGUUUUGAGGCACACAGGCUGAAUUAAGCAUCUGCAAGCAUGUCUGAGGCCGAGUUUCAGAAAGCCGCAGAGGAGGUCAAACAGCUGAAGGCAAAACCAACAGAUGCUGAAAUGCUGGAGAUUUACAGUCUGUACAAACAGGCCACCGUAGGAGACGUCAACACAGCUCGACCGGGUAUGCUAGACUUCACCGGUAAGGCCAAAUGGGACGCCUGGGAUGCCAAGAAAGGAAUAAGUAAGGAGGAUGCUGUGAAAGCGUACAUCGCUAAAGUCGAGGAGCUGAAGGGGAAAUAUGGCAUCUAACAGACACCCAUAUGAUGGCCAGCAUGCCUUUACCUGUACUGUUCUCCCAGAAGCGCCUUAAGGCCUGCAGUGUGUCGCUCACACACACAAGACUCUGAUCGGUGUGAGAAAACCGGCACAUUCCUCACAGGCCAAGAGAAAACCGUCCACAAUGUAGUGAAAUGAAUGGAUACAUUUGUAUGUGAUGCCAUAAAAAUCCCCUUUUCAAUAAA